CUACCAACAUUUUGCAACCGGAUCAAGUAGCUGUCAUCGUAGGAAGCUGCUCUGAAAAUCCCUCUUUCUGAAACCAAACCUCCUGAGGAGAAGACACAUUUGUUCGCCUCAGAUCAACAUGGGGCGGCGUCCGGCGAGAUGCUAUCGUUACUGCAAAAACAAGCCGUACCCCAAGUCACGGUUCUGUCGAGGAGUACCGGAUCCAAAAAUCCGUAUCUACGAUCUUGGACGUAAAAAGGCGUUGGUAGAAGAUUUCCCGCUAUGCGUGCAUCUGGUGUCCGACGAGUAUGAGCAGCUCAGCUCAGAGGCGCUCGAGGCUGGACGUAUUUGCUGCAAUAAAUAUCUGGUCAAGUACUGCGGCAAGGAUCAGUUCCACAUUCGUAUGCGUCUGCAUCCGUUCCACGUCAUUCGCAUUAACAAAAUGUUGUCCUGUGCCGGAGCUGAUCGGCUCCAGACGGGAAUGCGAGGUGCUUACGGCAAGCCGCAGGGAACAGUAGCACGUGUUAACAUUGGCCAGCCGAUUAUGUCUGUGCGCUCGAGCGACCGUUUUAAGGCGCAGGUUGUUGAAGCGCUGCGGCGUGCGAAGUUCAAGUUCCCGGGGCGUCAGAAAAUUUUUGUGUCGAAGAAAUGGGGCUUCACCAAGUAUGAUCGCGAUGUGUAUCAGCAGUACGCUGAAGAAGGGCGCUUUGUAUCGGACGGAUGCGGUGUUCAGUUCCGCAACGAUCACGGCCCGUUGGCCAAGUGGGAGCAACAUCAGCGUGCUCGCUUGGCUGCUUAAGCGAGAAAUGCCAGAUUCUAGCUCCUCAACACCAAGCGCCGUGUUUUCUGUAUGAUAAACGGAAAUGGAAUAAACACAUCUGUGCACCGCUAA